AUGGCAUCUGCAACUGCAAUUACAGCAACACCUGUCACCCACAAAAGUGGAAUUAGCUCGUUCUUCAAUCAAAAGAUUCAGGAUUAUGAAAUUCAGCUGGCAGCAAAGACACAGAAUUUGAGAAGAUUAGAAGCUCAAAGAAACACACUCAAUUCUAAAGUGAGAGCUUUGAAGGAUGAGCUAAAGUUAUUGCAAGAGCCGGGCUCUUAUGUUGGUGAACUCAUCAAGGUGAUGGGCAAGAAGAAAGCUUUGGUUAAGGUUCACCCUGAGGGCAAAUAUAUAUCCAAUAUAAGUCCUGAUGUUGAUAUAAAGAAAUUGACUCCAUCUGUGAGAGUUUGUCUUAAAUCCGACUCUUAUGAACUACAUAAGAUAUUACCAAGUAAAGUUGAUCCAUUGGUUUCAUUGAUGAUGGUGGAGAAAGUACCCGAUUCUACUUAUGACAUGGUUGGUGGAUUGGACAAACAAAUCAAAGAAAUUAAGGAAGUUAUCGAACUACCUGUCAAACAUCCGGAAUUGUUCGAGUCUCUAGGUAUAGCUCAACCAAAGGGUGUCAUCCUUUACGGGCCACCAGGUACAGGUAAAACAUUGUUAGCUAGAGCUGUUGCACAUCAUACCGAUUGUAAAUUUAUCAGAGUUUCUGGUUCAGAAUUGGUUCAGAAGUAUAUUGGUGAAGGUAGUAGGAUGGUUAGAGAAUUGUUUAUGAUGGCACGUGAACACGCACCUUCUAUUAUCUUUAUGGACGAAAUUGAUUCUAUUGGUUCUUCUCGUUCUGAGGGUUCAGGUGGUGGAGGGGAUUCAGAAGUGCAAAGAACAAUGCUAGAAUUGUUGAACCAAUUAGACGGUUUUGAGUCAUCUAAAGAUAUAAAGAUCAUUAUGGCAACCAAUAGAUUGGAUAUCUUGGACCCAGCCUUGUUAAGACCAGGUAGAAUUGAUCGUAAAAUCGAGUUCCCUCCUCCAACUGUGAAUGCAAGAACAGAUAUCUUGAGAAUCCAUUCCAGAUCUAUGAACCUUACUAGAGGUAUUGACUUGAAGAAAAUUGCUGAGAAAAUGAACGGAUGUUCUGGUGCUGAAAUCAAAGGUGUUUGUACAGAAGCUGGUAUGUAUGCUCUUAGGGAGAGAAGAAUACACGUGACACAAGAGGAUUUUGAACUUGCCGUUGCCAAGGUGAUGAACAAGAACGAGGAAGGCGCAGUUUCUGUUGCCAAGUUGUUCAAGUAA